AUGGUGGUAGAUAGACGAAAUGUUAUCAUUCAAGCUAUUGUCCUUGAGAUCGAAGGACGCGAAGAUAUCACUCUCGAUGUCUCUACUCCAGAUUCGCGCAAGAAGCUAUCAGAACACCCCGUAAAGAUCAAGGAGGGUGCCACCUACCAAAUGAAAAUUGUCUUCAGAGUGCGAUUUGAUGUUAUUACUGGUUUGAAAUAUCUGGAGGAAAAAAAGCGUCGGGGUAUUCUGAUCGAAAAAAGCGACACUUUGAUGGGAUCCUACGCCCCUGUCUUGGAAGGCCAGCCCGAUUUCGAAGUAACAUUUGGCGGUGAAGAAGCUCCGUCUGGUAUGGGGGUCUUUGGAAGAUAUGAUGUCACCUCUUCUUUUGCGGACGAGAAAAACAACUAUCUUGAUGUCCAGUGGGCUUACGAAGUUACAGAAGAUUGGUGA